CUGGCCGUCUGACGUGGAUACAAGUAACUGGCGCUGCUGCCUGCUCAGUGGGGUACCUGCCGCUCUGGGGACUCCUGGGUCCAGGCGCUGACCCCUCCGUAAGCCCAGGACUCCUGAAGCUCCACUCUCCCGCGUGCUUGCCUGAGGAUAGCAGGAAGCUCAGCCCAGCUUUCAAGUGUCACUGUGACUGACUGCAGGGAGGGAGGAGUUGCCAGCGAGUCCAGCAAGGCCGCCUGAGCACUUGCACGGGCUGCCAGGAUGCAAUCCGAGGCUUAGAGAUCCCGCUUCUGUGCCGCUCUCCUUUGUGUCCACCCCGGGGAGGGGAAGUGCAAACCGACCGCUUCCUCUUGGAGGGCUUUCAAGUGGCUCCAAGGGAAGCCCGGUAACUUGCCGAGCACCAGGGGGAUGUGGAGUGAGGGAUUGUCCCUCUGACAAUGAGGAUCCAUGUUCUCAGAGUUCGCCGAGCACCUGGAAGAACGUAAGUGGCAAAGACUGGAGACCACAUGGAAGAAACGAAUGCAGAAGGGAUUUCUCCCUGCAACGGCUGUGACAGGAUUGUACACUGCUGUGGAUACGGUGACACAGAGGGGCGUGUGGAUCUGCCUUUUCCUCCCAUUUCUUCUGCUUGAUAUUUGAUCUCGGUCCUUCGGGGGCUGCUGGUUUAUGGUGGUAAUGGGCACUAACUAUUCACUGGUGUUUCUCUCUUCCGUUGGGCAGCUUUGAAUGAUCUCGGUGGGGAGGACACAGCAGCCAUAGACAGUUUUCUGGAAUAACCUGUUGGUUCCCGGUACUGGGAGGAGCCCAGUUUAGAGGUUACUGCUUGGAAUGAGGACAGCAGCAGCUAAGUCAUCAGUACAUUUUCCCCUUGUUUGCCCCCCACAGCCCUUGCUUCAUGAACACAGGAGGCAAAAGGGAGGACGUUAUCCAGGUAAUUAGCCUCCGAGCAUGGACUUGGUGACAGACAAAAUAACUUUGUAAUAAUUCCCACCGUGAGUGUGCCUGAGAAGCCGUCCAGCCUUCCUCUGUACUAUGAAUUGCUGGGGUGGCACCCCACUGACUUAAUACAGUAGUGCUGCUCUGGGGGAGAGACACAGAUUUCCUGACUUAAACCUCCUAAGCCUUCUGUCUGCUCCCAAAGAGCAGUGUGGACACCGAACUGAUUGGGGCUAGCUCAGACCUUUGAGGUGGCUGUCUGGAUGGCUAUAUCUCCGGGGCUCUUAAUUUAAUUGUCUGCCUUUAUCUUUGAAACCACGCAGGCAGAGCCGCGAGAGUGUUGUACGGGUAUCUUUGGGCCUCCUGUGAAACCGGGUGUAGGUGGAAAGAGGCUGCAAAGAUUCUAAGCCCAAUAAACGACGCUUCUGUUGCUGCUGCUCUUUGUCCCUGCGUGGCCGUUUGCUGGGCUGAGGGGGUAGGAGCGGGAGCCUCUCUCACCAGUGGUACAGUGCACAUUACUUGUUAGCUGGUUUGCAUGGUGAGUGUUUUUCUGGAAAGGUUGCUGACUCCCAACUCAUGGGAAAGACCCUGGGUGUUUGAGGCUUGGGAAGACCAUCAAACCACUCAGGGAGAAACCCAGAGAAGAGGGGUGGUUAUGGAGCAGAACCCUCGAUCUCCAGGGGGGAUGGCAGAGCCCCAGAAAGCAACCAGGAUCCAGGUAUAAGACAAGUUUGCACCAUUCAUGUUCUCUGAGGCUGUGGCCUGGCGACAGACCGUUUGAAGUGGUGCAGGUGAUGCCCUCUGGAGGCAGGGAUCCUCACGCCUCUCUUCUAUACACGCCUGGGCUUUCUUCCCAGCGCUGUGGGGCUCCUGUGCCUGGAAUCGAGACCUCGACGAGGAGCAGUCUGUGUUCCCUUCCCUGCAGCAGCCAUGGCGGAGCACCUGGAGCUGCUGGCGGAGAUGCCAGCGGUGGCCAGGAUGAGCACCCAGGAGCGGCUGAAGCACGCACAGAAGCGCCGGACGCAGCAGCUGAAGAAAUGGGCACAGUUUGAAAAGGAGGCUCACGGCAAGAAGGCCAGAGCAGAAAAGAGGAAGAAAAACAGCAGCAGGGAGAAGCGAGUGCUGUUUCCGGAGAGCAUCAAGCUGCUGGAGGCAGCAUCUCGCAAUGAUGUGGAGGAAGUUCGCCAGUUCCUUCAGCGUGGCAUCAGCCCCAAUUUGUACAAUGAAGAUGGCCUCACUGCAUUGCACCAGUGCUGCAUUGACGACUUCGGGGACGUGGUCGCGCUGCUGCUGGAGGCCGGCGCGGAUGUCAAUGCCUGCGACAGUGAGCUCUGGACGCCGCUGCACGCCGCUGCCACCUGCGGGCACCUGCACCUGGUGGAGCUGCUGAUUAAACAUGGUGCCAAUCUCCUGGCAGUUAACACAGACGGGAACAUGCCGUAUGACCUCUGCGAGGACGAUGUGACAUUGGACUACAUUGAGACGGCCAUGGCAGAUCAGGGAAUAACUCAGGAGAAGAUUGAGGAGGCCCGAGCCGCCACGGAGCACAGCAUGGUGGAAGAUAUCCGAAAGCUGCUUCAGGCAGGUGCCGAUCUGAACACUCCACUUGACCAUAGUGCCACUCUGCUCCACAUUGCCUCAGCAAACGGCUACCUGGAAGCUGCCGAGCUGCUGCUGGAACACAAGGCCAGCAUGAGCGCGAAGGACAACGAUGGGUGGGAGCCUCUCCAUGCCGCCGCCUGCUGGGGGCAGAUCCAUCUGGUGGAGCUGCUGGUGGCCCAUGGAGCUGAUCUCAACGGGAAGUCUGUGCUGGACGAGACGCCCUUGGACGUGUGUGGUGACGAGGAGGUCCGGGCCAAGCUGCUGGAGCUGAAGCACAAGCAUGAUGCCAUCAUGAAGUCUCAUGACAAGCACAAGUCGCUGCUGCAGCGACGCACCUCCAGUGCUGGCAGCCGAGGGAAGGUGGUGCGGCGGGUCAGCGUGACGGAGCGCACCAACCUCUACCGCAAGGAGCACGAGAAAGAGGCCAUCGUCUGGCAGCAGGUGGCGCACCGGGAGAACGAGGCCGAGCUUGAGGACGAGGACAAGCAAACGGACGCUGAGCUCCAGCAGCACCUCCCCCAGGGCGCUGAGGCAGAAGUGGCAGGUCCAGGGGCCUUGGUGGGAGACAAGCAUCAGAAUCCGGGGCUGACCCAGAGAAAUGGAACUGCGGGCUCUUCUGCCGCCGGCCCCCCCAAACACCUCUACUCCAAGCGGCUGGACCGCAGCGUCUCCUACCAGCUGGCCACCCAAGAGGAGCUGUCGGCCGACCUGUGCAAGGAGAAGUCCCACCACACGCUAGCGGACCUCAAACGCCAGCGGGCAGCUGCCAAACUCCAGCGACACCACCCAGAGGACUACCCUCCUACCGAGGGCGAGGGCCCCCUCUCGCCUGGCCUCGCUGAGACCCUGCGCGGCAGCGGUCACCCCCGCUCGGACUCGGAGCAGAACUCCGUGUACUACACGGCAGCCAGUGGCGAUCCGCCUCUUCUGAAGCUGACGGCCCCGGCCGAGGAGACCCCUGCUGAGAAGAAGCGAUGCUGUAGGCUGAUGUGAGGCGCUGGCAAGAGAAGAUGUUUGUGGGGCACGUCCCCUCCCUGGCAUUGAUGGAUGGCGCUAAUGUCCCAUGGGGCUGCCUCUGGAACGCUGCAGCAGGACGGGUUCUGGGAGCUGGUUUAUCUUCCAGGGACGACUCCAUGUUCCAGACCCAGACACCAGUCAAAGAGGCCGGGCUCCAAGUGCCCCAUCGAGGGCUGCAUGGGCAGCAGGCUGGGAGCCAGAGGGCUGCACAAAUGGAAGCAGAAUGCAAUGACCUUCAUUGUCAGUACAGAGAUGUGUCCUGGAGCAUCUACAGCUCCCAGCAUGCAAUUUGCCAGUCCCUGCUUGGGUCAACCCAUAGAGCGUUGCAUGCUGGGACGUGUAGUCGCAGAGGGCUGCAUCUCCGUUGGACAUGGUGGCGUUGAAUGUUGCGCAAGACAUGCUGGGCUGCGCUGGGUCAGCUGGAGGGUCCCUCCCAGGGCGGCUGUUUGUCUGGGGUCUGUGUGUGGUUUCUAGGAAGGAGUGAAAAGCCUAUGGGAGGCCUCAGAGCGCGGCGUACCAUGCAUACAGCACUGGGGGGCAAGGGGACGUCCCCAUGCUUGCCUGACACUAAGGCAAAUGGCGGCAAUGAGCUGAGAACGGUUCUCUUGACACAGAGUUGUAGCCCAGCAGUCCCCUCCUAGGCCUGGGCUGCACACAAGCUGUCCUGGUUUAACUAACGUGCGUUUCAAACACGAUGGAAAGCCGUGUAGGUCCCCAGGCUCGCCCGUUCAUGGUGGUUUACAACUGGCUUAUAUCCCACUCGCUGGCUUGGAUUCACUAAAGGAAGCGCUGGACUGAGCCCGGCCGUGCGCUGGAGCAAGGCCAUCGGCCGUCAUUCCUAUCUUUUCUUCCAGCAGGGUUAACCGAACCCUGAAUUCAGUGCGGCCCCACACAACCUUGCACUGAACCAGCCAAAGGUGCUGACGGACGCUGAGUUCACCACUUCGGUGCCAGUCUGAGUGUGGGUCCGCCCCAAACCGCAUGGAUAGAAGCUCGUUGUAAACCAGGAUGUGUCCACGUGGCACUGUGGGUUCAACUACAUUAAUCUGAACUCCUGUGCCCCAUAUGGUGCGCCACGCCAUGGUGCCGUGUGCCCUCCCCCACCAGAGGGCACCACCCCAUGGUACCGUGUGCCCUCCCCCACCAGAGGACACCACGCCAUGAUGCCG